CCAAAGUAAAAAACAAUAGAAAUUAGAAAGGUUAAAUUGAUCGGAUCGGUUGGAAACUCAAAGUCCCCUUAUCUAACUAAAUAACGACUCUCCCCUAUCGGUCUACUGAAAGAUCCACCCAUCAUGCCUCCAAUCAAAACUAGCCUUGUUUUUCUAAUCAUCAUCGUUUCAAUUGGCCUAGCCCACGCCGGAAAUACCCACGUCAUCAAUUUCCGCUCGCACAACCUCUACCCGGAAGGCAUGGCCUGGGACCCAUCAGCCCAGCACUUCAUCGUGGGCUCUAUAAGCCACCGUACGAUCCACUCCGUUUCCGAUGCAGGCGUUGUUGAAACUUUGAUUUCCGACCCAACCCUCCCGGAAAACGUCACCGUUUUGGGCCUCGCCGUAGAUUCCACCAAAAAACGCCUCCUCGCUUGCCUCCACUCCGUUUCCCCUCUCCCUCCUUUCAACGCGCUCGUCGCCUACGACCUCCGCACCCGCCGCCGCCUCUUCCUAUCCAUCCUCCCUUCCGACCCCGAUUGCCCCAUCUCCUCCAGCGGUCGCGGGCGGGACGUAGCCAACGAUGUGGCCGUCGACUUCAAAGGUAACGCUUACGUCACCAAUUCGGUAGGAAACUUCAUAUGGAAAGUCAACGAAAACGGAGAGGCAUCGAUCUUUUCUAGAUCACCGGCUUUUAGCCGUUACCCAUCUGUUAUGGAUCAAAACGACCCGUUUAAUGAUUGCGGGCUCAACGGAAUCGCUUACGUCAGCAAGGGUUAUUUGUUGGUGGUGCAAUACAAUACGGGCAAGAUGUUUAAGGUCGAUGCGGAAGAUGGAACAGCGAGGGUAGUUUUGCUGAACCAGGAUUUGGUACUGCCUGAUGGGAUCGCGAUAAGAAGAGACGGCGUCGUUUUGGUUGUUUCUGCCCAAAAGUUGUGGUUUUUGAAGAGUGAUGAUAGUUGGGGGGAAGGUGUGGUGUAUGACAAAACUGCCCUUGAUGAGGAAGGCUUCGCUACCUCGGUUGUAGUGGGGGAGGAGGGUAGGGUGUAUGUGUUAUAUGGGCAUGUGCUAGAGGGCAUAAUGGGGAAAGGUGAAGGGAGAGAGAGGUUUGAAAUAGUGGAGGUGAGGUCUGAGACAGAGAGUGGUGAGCAGGACCAUGUUUGGGUGUUUGUUUUGGUUGGGUUGGGUUUGGCUUAUUUCUCGUUUUGGAGGUUUCAAAUGAAGCAGCUUGUCAAUAACAUGGACAAAAAAGUCAACUAAUUACUUGCCUUUGUUCUUUUUU